GAGAUGCCAGAAGCUGCAGUCAAAUCCUCCUCCAACAAGUACCAAGUCUUCUUCUUCGGGACCCAUGAAACNNNNUUCCUGGGGCCCAAAGACCUCUUCCCUUAUGAGGAGUGCAAGGAGAAGUUCGGGAAACCCAACAAGCGGAAAGGGUUCAGCGAAGGUUUGUGGGAGAUCGAGAACAACCCCACGGUCAAAGCCUCUGGCUACCAGCCCACCCAGAAGAAGAGCUGCCCCGAGGCCUCCGAGCGGGAGCCGGAGGGCGACGGGGAGAAGAAGGGCAAUGCAGAGGGCAGCAGUGAUGAGGAGGGAAAACUGGUGAUCGAUGAGCAAUCCAAGGAGAAGAACGAGAAAUCUGGGAUCAAGAGGAAAGCAGAAGAUGCUUUGGAGGACUCCCCCAAACACCCCAAGGAGGCAGAGGGGCAGGAAGGGGAGAAGAAAGUGGACAAUGAAGAGGCUCCCAAAGAGGAGGCAAAACCCAACCCGGGGGAAGGGGAGAAGAACAGCGACGCUGCCAGCGUGCCGGACGCCAACGAAGCCAAGCAGGAGGACAAAGAGGAGGUCAGAGACCACAAGGAGAGCCUGUAG